CAGACUCGCGCAGGAAGGAAGCCGCGCCGUCGGAUCCGGCCGCCGGGAUAUGCUGCUGCGGCCGCUGCGGAGCUGGGCAGCCCGGGCGCUGCGGCGCGAGGGGCCUGGGAGCCCCGCCCCGGGCCAGGGGACGUGGGGGGCGCAGCACCGGGCCUGGCUUCGCGAUAAAGAUAGAGAAAACGAAAAAGAGAAAAAAUCAGUGAUCUGCGUUGAGGGCAACAUUGCAAGCGGGAAGACGACGUGCCUGGAGUUCUUCUCCAACACAACGGACAUGGAGGUGUUACCGGAACCAGUGCCCAAGUGGAGAAAUGUCCGUGGUCAUAAUCCUCUGGGGCUCAUGUACCGCGAUGCCUGUCGAUGGGGCCUCACGCUGCAGACGUACGUGCAGCUCACCAUGCUGGAACACCACACUCGUCCUCAGACAUCACCUGUACGGUUGAUGGAACGGUCGAUUCACAGCGCAAGAUACAUUUUUGUAGAAAACCUAUAUAGAAGCGGGAAGAUGCCUGAAGUGGACUACGUGGUUCUGUCCGAAUGGUUUGACUGGCUCGUGAGGAACAUCGACGUGUCUGUCGAUUUGAUAGUGUACCUGCGGACCACUCCCGAGACCUGUUACCAGAGGCUGCAGCUGAGAUGCAGGGAAGAGGAGACGGUCAUUCCCCUGGAAUACCUGAACGCUAUUCACCACCUCUAUGAGGAGUGGCUCAUCAAAGGGGGCCUUUUCCCUGUGGCAGCCCCUGUUCUGGUGAUUGAGGCUGACCACGACAUGCAGAAAAUGUUAAAACUCUUUGAACAAAACCGGGACCGAAUAUUAACUCCAGAGAAUCAGAAACAUGGUUGUUCAUAGGAUGGGAAAGAUCAUGCCAGAAAAAUGCCUGCUGCUGCGAGGUGACCAGGAGGCUGUGGUCCAGGGACCACCCUUGGAGAGCCACCUCUCUAGACUGACAUUUUCUAAAAUUGGACAUCCCAGAAUUCCAAGAAACCUUGGCACCUUUUUGGUUGUUGAACAUCUUGUGAUUGUUGGUUAUCCUGUCAAACGAGAGAAUUGCUCACCUCUCAGGACUUGGCACAUGGAAGGGGCCCGGACCAGGGCCCGGUAUGCUGCAAGUGUCCCUGUAAAUGUUCGUUCGUCCAAUGUGGCCCAGAAAAUGGGACCGUGACGCAGUUACUUGGUGGAGGAAUGGCAGCAGCUGCACUGACUGGCACUUCCCGUCAGAGUGGUGUGGACGUGUGCUCUCACCGGCUCAUCAGGGGCCACCAUGACUGAUGUGUUCAGUGGGCACAGGCCACAGGCCUG